AAAGUGAACAAUGAAGCCACCAUUUCUUUUGGUCCUUGUGGUCUGUUCUGUAUUCAGCACAAAUUUGAAGAUGGUGUCAAAGAGAAAUUCUGUGGAUGGCUGCAUUGACUGGUCAGUGGAUCUCAAGACAUACAUGGCUUUGGCAGGUGAACCAGUUCGAGUGAAAUGUGCCCUUUUCUACAGUUACAUUCGUACCAACUACAGCAUGGCCCAAAGCACUGGGCUCAGGCUUAUGUGGUACAAAAACAAAGGUGAUUUGGAAGAGCCCAUCAUAUUUUCAGAGGUCAGGAUGAGCAAAGAAGAAGAUUCAAUAUGGUUUCACUCAGCUGAGGCACAAGACAGUGGAUUUUACACUUGUGUUUUAAGAAACUCAACAUAUUGUAUGAAGGUGUCAAUGUCCUUGACUGUAGCAGAGAAUGAAUCAGGCCUGUGCUACAAUAGCAGAAUCCGCUAUUUAGAAAAAUCUGAAGUCACUAAAAGAAAGGAGAUCUCCUGUCCAGACAUGGAUGACUUUAAGAAGUCUGAUCAGGAGCCCGAUGUUGUCUGGUACAAGGAAUGCAAGCCAAAAAUGUGGAGAAGUAUAAUAAUACAGAAAGGAAAUGCUCUUCUAAUCCAGGAAGUUCAAGAAGAAGAUGGAGGAAAUUACACAUGUGAACUUAAGUAUGAAGGGAAACUUGUAAGACGAACAACUGAAUUGAAAGUUACAGCUUUACUCACAGACAAGCCUCCCAAGCCAUUGUUCCCCAUGGAGAAUCAGCCAAGUGUUAUAGAUGUCCAGCUGGGUAAGCCUCUGAAUAUCCCUUGCAAAGCAUUCUUUGGAUUCAGUGGAGAAUCUGGGCCAAUGAUCUACUGGAUGAAAGGGGAGAAGUUUAUUGAAGAACUGGCAGGCCACAUUAGAGAAGGAGAAAUAAGACUCCUCAAAGAGCAUCUUGGAGAAAAAGAAGUUGAGUUGGCACUCAUUUUUGAUUCAGUGGUGGAGGCUGACCUGGCUAAUUACACCUGCCAUGUAGAAAACCGAAAUGGACGGAAACACGCCAGUGUUCUUCUGCGUAAAAAGGAUUUAAUCUACAAAAUUGAGCUUGCAGGGGGCUUGGGAGCAAUCUUCCUCCUCUUUAUACUGCUGGUGAUCAUCUACAAAUGCUACAACAUUGAACUGAUGCUCUUCUAUAGACAGCGUUUUGGAGGUGAUGAAACUACUGAUGACAACAAGGAAUAUGAUGCCUAUCUGUCUUACACCAAAGUGGAUCAAGAUACUUUAGAUUGUGACAAUCCUGAAGAAGAGCAGUUUGCUCUUGAAAUACUGCCAGAUGUCCUGGAAAAACAUUAUGGAUACAAACUCUUCAUCCCAGAAAGGGAUCUCAUUCCAAGUGGAACAUACAUUGAAGAUCUCACAAGAUGUGUUGAGCAAAGCAGAAGACUUAUUAUCGUGCUAACUCCAGACUAUAUUCUCAGACGGGGAUGGAGUAUUUUCGAACUGGAAAGCAGACUCCAUAACAUGCUAGUCAGUGGAGAAAUCAAAGUGAUUUUGAUUGAGUGUACAGAGUUGAAAGGAAAGGUGAAUUGCCAGGAAGUGGAAUCCCUAAAGCGAAGCAUCAAACUUCUGUCCCUGAUCAAGUGGAAGGGACCCAAAAGCAGCAAAUUAAAUUCUAAGUUUUGGAAGCAUUUAAUAUAUGAAAUGCCUAUCAAGAAAAAAGAAAUGCUUUCUCGAUGCCAUGUUCUGGACUCUGCAGAACAAGGACUUUUCAGAGAACUCCAGCCUAUACCCUCAAUUGCCAUGACCAGUACGUCUGCCACUCUGGCAUCAUCUCAAGCUGAUCUCCCUGAUUUCCAUCAUUCAGAUGCAAUGCAAAUGAGGCACUGUUGCAGAGGCUAUAAACAUGAGAUGCCAACCACCACCUUGCCAGUACCUUCCUUAGACAACCAUCAUACUUACUGUAACUUGCCGCUGACACUACUCAAUGGACAGUUACCCCUUAAUAACACUCUGAAAGACACCCAGGAAUUUCCUAGAAACAAUUCCCUGCUACCUUUAUCAUCCAAAGAACUUAGCUUCACCAGUGAUAUUUGGUAGUGAAAAAUAUGAAAUCCUCCAAACAGC